CGGACGAGCGCCCGGAGGUGGCGGACGAGGCGCCGGGGGCCCUCAUGGGCGGGUGUGUGGGCGCCCAGCACGACUCCUCGGGCAGCCUCAACGAGAACUCGGAGGGCACCGGAGUCGCUCUAGGUCGUAACCAGCCUUUGAAAAAAGAGAAACCAAAAUGGAAAAGCGAUUAUCCUAUGACAGAUGGACAACUGCGCAGCAAGAGGGAUGAAUUUUGGGAUACCGCACCAGCUUUUGAAGGCCGUAAAGAGAUUUGGGAUGCCUUGAAGGCUGCUGCACAUGCUUUUGAGAGCAAUGAUCAUGAACUGGCACAAGCAAUCAUUGAUGGUGCAAACAUAACAUUACCACAUGGUGCACUUACAGAGUGCUAUGACGAACUGGGAAACAGAUAUCAGCUUCCAGUCUAUUGCUUGGCACCACCAAUCAACAUGAUAGAGGAAAAGAGUGACAUAGAGACUCUGGAUAUUCCUGAGCCACCACCCAAUUCUGGGUAUGAAUGUCAGCUACGUUUGCGUCUUUCUACAGGCAAAGACCUCAAACUUGUGGUCCGCAGUACAGACACAGUAUUCCACAUGAAGAGACGGUUACAUGCAACAGAAGGAGUGGAACCAAGUAGUCAGCGGUGGUUCUUCUCUGGCAGACCUCUCACCGACAAAAUGAAGUUGGAAGAGCUGAAGAUCCCAAAGGACUAUGUUGUACAGGUUAUAGUGAGCCAACCUUUGCAAAACCCAACACCAGUUGAGAACUGAACUGGUCCUAUUGGCUGGUUUCCAGAUCUCUCCACUCCUUUUUAUUGUUGUCAUUUCCUACUCUAUGGCGUGAAAUUUAUUUUCACUGCUCUGAAUUCCCUAUGAAUGGAUUUAGUUCUGAGGAAUUACCAGUGAAAAAUUCCAUCUGUGAUGGAGACCAACAAAAAUAAUAAAACACAAAAAGCCAGCCUUUGAGACUCAUGUAAUUAUAAUUUCUAAUUUGAGAGGCAGUUAAGAAAUAGAUAACCAUUUAUUUUGAAACACUUAACAACUAUGUAAUGGCUGUAUUUAAAUGAUUUGGACUGUAAAUGGAACAUUGCAUCCAUGAAGAACAGCACCAAGCACCUUUUGAAUGCAGAAUUUUUUGAAAAAUAUAUCAAAUUAUAUAAUUUCCAGAAAUCACUAAUAACAGUUAUAAAAUUUAAGCUUUUUUCCUUUAAAUUAAGAUGGAAAUUGAAAAGAGCAGUAUUUGAGGUUUGCCUCUAUUCUGUUUUUUUUUCUUAGCUCAGUUAAUAUUUAGCCAUAAAGGAGUAGAGACUGGCAAAUUGUGUUUCAGUGUUGCUUUCCCCAUCCCUAAACGUUGAGCUCCUUAUUUACAUUCACACUAAAUUUUGGUGCCUUCCAGCACGUUGGUGGCAGGUACUCUUUUGGAACACUAGGCAAUAAUUUAGUCAGUGCAGUCAGAUAUCUGCCUUUUAACUGAUACUCAGUUGAAAAGUCUCUUGUUCUCUUGCUGCGUAGGUAUUUGGAAUAUCUAUAUAACAAACCUGCAGGCUUAGAAGGUCUCUACUAUAUAAUACCUUCAUAGAUCUAUCUACUCUGCUUGGAAUAUUUCAUAGUUAACUGUGACCCCAAAUGUAUAGUUUCUGGGGCAGGGAACACAGAACACAAGUAUAGCUGUUCCCACUAUAGGAUAAUAAAGUAAUUAUCUCUUCUCCCCCACUUUGCAGGAAGGAUGUAAGAAAAACCUAUUCCAUCUGUGCCUGGGAGAACUGUGCCUGUUUUCAGUCUCUUAGAGAAAAUUUCAACUGAGAAUUUACAAGUAUGAAAGGUUUACUGGCAUCAUUUAAAUGUCAGCAGUGAGACCAAAUAAUGAAACAUUGCUUUAUACCUUAGUACUUUCCAGUUCACAGUUACCUCUAGUCAUGGUGAAUGACAGUGUUCUUCCCUUAUCUUUCUUAGCAAAGAGGAAAAUUAAGAACCGUUUGCAAAUUAGAUUAGGGAACUGAAAAAUCCAGUGAGAUAACUUGAUUCUUCUGCCUAUGACUGGAGUAAAGCUGCCAAGGAUUGUGUUUAAUUUGGAGCCUUGUAAAAGUCCGUUCCAUAAGUGAGAAGGGUGCUAACACAUGACCACUGUACCCCUAAGAAUCCAUGAGGUGGAAAAGUAGAGGCAGAAGCGGUUUAUGCUGUUCUCAGUUGAGAAAUAUCAACCCUCCACACCUACUUGGAUGUAAAGCACCAUUAUUAAUUUUAAUGACAAAAUGAAACUGCUAAUUAGUUUAAAUCUAAUGUUUAAAAUGGUAUUAAAUUUCCUAUAGCCUGAUUAAAUAUAUCUGUAACAUAUCAUAUUUCUGAGAGCAUUAACUACUGCCCUAUUUUUCUGCAAUCAUUUUAAAGAUUGUGGCUACAUCUAAUUUAGGUUUGCUGAUUGAAUCUAAGAUAAAGAGAAGACAACAGCAUUAAUUCCAAAGGAGAAUUUUUAUAUUUACAGGUGGAGAUAUGAGAGUAUUUCAGUAUGUUGCCCUGUCAUCAAAAAGGUUUUGUUCAUUUUGUGUGCCACAUUGAAUAGCAGUAUCUCUCAACGUUUGUCAACUGGGGAGAAAAAGUGUUUAAACCUAUUUUUUUUAAAGGAAGUUUGAUGAUGUCAUUAAUAAUCUAUGAUUGGUAAAAGGUCUUGUUUGUUGAGGAUUUGAGCUCUCUUUAAGAGUUUAUUUUAAAGGAACAUAUACUUUGAAUAACAAUUCUCUGGGCAUGUUUAACUAACCUAGGUGAGAAAACCAUGGUGCUGUUUAAUUGUAAAUAGAUUGAUAUAAGAUUGGACCAAUACUUGAUGUGUAUAAUUUUAGUAUGUAGGGUUUUUGUGCUUUUUUUUAAAAAAAAAGUGCUCAAUUUU